AUGGACUUCGGCGAGUUCGCCUCCACCCCCAACUCCUCCCUCGCCUCCUCCGGGUCCAACCCCUUUGCCGCUAGCUCCGCCAACCCCGCUGCCCCUAGCGCCACCGCCAUCCAGCUCAUCAACAUCCGUAACCACGUCAUUGUCAUCCUCGACUUCGACGAGUCUAACUUUUGCAUCUGGCAGACUUUCUUCAAUCUCACCUUCCACAAGCUAGGUCAUCUUGAUCAUAUCGAUGGCUCCGUUGAUGCCCUCAUGGCUCUCGGCGAUGUCGAGUGGACCCAAAUAGACCAAUGCAUCGUCUCUUGGCUCUACACCACGGUCUCCAAAGAUAUCCUCGAGAUCAUCAUCCAGCCCUCCGACACCGCCGCCAACGCUUGGACCGUCAUCACCGACCUCUUCCGCGACAAUCGUCUUCAACGGUCCAUGUUCGCCAAGCGUGACUUCCUCAACCUCGUCCAAGGCGACCUCUCUGUCACCGCCUUCGCGAGCCGCCUCAAGUGCAUCUCCGACACUCUUCGCGACGUGGGCACUCCGGUCACGGACCAGGACAUGCUCACGACCUUCCUCAACGGGCUGAACGGCGAGUUCGGCCACUGCAUCGCCGCCCUCUCCAUCAACCCUGCUGGACUGACUUUCGCCCGUGCUCGUGGCGCUCUUUUGCAGGAGGAACGACGUCUUGCACGCCAUGCCCAGCAGGUCCAGGCGACCGCCCUCGUCGCCAACCGCUUCUCCCCCGCGCCUGCACCACCGGCGUCCUCGGCUCCUCGCUCCACCGCGCCUUCACCGCCUGCUACACCCUCUUCCGGCGGCAAGGGUCACGGCAAGGGACGCAAGAAGCCGCAGCAACAGCAGGGCCAUGGCGCCCCCAGCGCCCCUGCUGUUCGGGAUCCUGCUGCGCCGUUCUGGCCCAUUGGCAACUACCCGUUGUCUGGCAUGUUCCAGGCGUGGCCCCCCAACUGGCGUGCUCCCGGCGCUGGUCUCCUUGGCCCGCGCCCCGGCACCUCCACGCCCCAGGCAUAUACUGCCCAUCUAGGGCAUCCGGGCUACGGCGCUCCACCGGCCUACGGUGCUCCACCCGUCUAG